AUGUCGCCAAACUUGGAGGCGGUGCAAACAGAAGACGGGAUACCAGAUCUACAACCACAAUUCGAAGCCAUAGAGCGAGCUUCGUUUGCCCAGGAGAGAAUCUGGUUUCUGCACGAGUACCUGACCGAUCUCACAACCUUCAACGUCACCAUGGCCUACGCCGUGCAAGGGCCACUGCAGCCCGUCGAGCUUGCGACUGCCUUCCGAGCCAUGUCCAAUCGACACGAGUCCUUGCGAACAGCUUUCUUCCUCGAUUCGAGAGACGGAGACCCCCAAUUGUUCCAGGGCGUUCUGCCUGAAACACAGAUCGAGAUCAGCAUUCAUACCAUUGGGGCGACCCAGAGCGUCGACGAAGUCUACACUUCCGUCAGAGAUCAUGUGUAUGAUCUCGCUCGUGGCAAAACCAUGAGAGUGGCGAUCCUCACUCUCACCCCAACCACGCACUUCCUUAUCCUUGGGUUCCAUCACAUCGCACUCGAUGGCUUCAGCGCGCAGAUCUUUAUCAAAGACCUGCAGUUGAUAUACUCCACAGGACAAAUCCUACCACCGGCUCCACGGUACCGGGACUACACACUUCUGCAACGCCAGUCUCUCGCAAACGACACCUACCGCGAGAGUCUGAACUUUUGGAAAAGCAAGCUCGCCAACCUGCCCCCACCGAUCCCUCUCUUUGCCUUCGCCCGCGUUUCAACCCGCAAACCACUCAACAGCUACCGCGUGCACAGUGUGGAGAGAACCAUCGGUAUCUCCCUCGCGUCGAAGAUUAAAGAAACUGCACACAAGAUCGGAGGAACGACCCCAUUUUUCCUAUACCUCACCACUCUCCGGGAGCUGGUUUUCUGGCUCCUAGGCCACGCACAAAAGGACAUCUGCCUCGGGAUCUCCGACGCCGGGCGAGCGGACAAGGAAGCUCUUCAGGUCGUGGGGAUGUUCGUCAACAUGCUCCCGCUGCAAUUCCGAACCGCUCGCCCUGGCCAGUCGUUUCGUGACUUGUUAUCCACCACCACCAGGCAGGUCCGCACGGCGUUGAAGCAUGCAGCCGUGCCGUAUCAGGUGCUCUUGGAUGAAUUGACCGUGCAGCGGUCGCCCUCGGAAAAUCCGUUGUUUCAGAUCCUGCUGAACUAUAAGAUGGGGUCGACAGAGGAGGCGACACUGGGAAGCUGUAGGGCGCAGAGCUUGCGUAUGGAUGAUGCCAGAACAGGGCUAGAUCUGGUGGUAGAAGUGGAGGAAUUUGUGGAUGGGAAUUGUAAGGUUGCCGUUAGGGGGCAAGAGUAUCUGUACGACAAGGAGGGUCUGGGGUUUAUCUUGUCCUCGCUCGUGAGCAUUCUGGAGGAGGUUACAGCUCGGCCCAGCAUGCCGGUUGCUAACCUCGCAAUGUUUGAUGAGAAGAGUAUCACACACGCACUCGAGCUUAGCCGGGGUGAGCGCGUCUAUACAGACGAGCACUUGCUGACAGUGGUGCAUUUGUUUGAUCGACACUGCAAGGCUCACCCCAGGGAUGUGGCUGUCAAGCAAGCGGACGGUCAGUUCUUGUCCUAUGGGGAAUUGCAGGGUCGUGCACAGAAGCUGGCCAGACAGCUACAGGAGCUUAAGGGGUCGGCUGCGAUUGUUGUCGCCUGCAAGCCGAGCCUGGACACCAUUGUGUCAAUUGUGGGCAUUCAUUAUGCCGGCUGCACCUACGUGCCGGUCGACAUCGAGCAUCCAGAAGAGCGACUGCGAACUAUUGUUGAAGACUGCAAGCCGCGAGCCAUCCUCUACCACGAGGAGACCAAGGAUCUUGCUACAUCCUUGGCCGGUGGCACUAUAGCUGUUCCCACACCACAGUCCGGGAUGGACGAGGCCUUUCUGAUCAGGGCCAGUGUCAACGACACCGCGUAUAUCUUGUAUACCAGCGGGUCCACCGGAAAGCCCAAGGGGGUUAUUGUCAGUCACGGCAAUCUGACAUGCCAGAUCCUAUCGAUGCGACAAAAUGCAUCUCUGGAGAGGGAGACAGUGCUUCACCAGAGCGGCGUUGCGUUCGACGCCUCAAUCGAUUGUGUUUACGCCGCUCUAGCCGGGCAAGGAACGUUAGUGAUGGCUCCUCCGGAGGUGAGACGCGAUCCGGUGCAGCUAGCCAGUUUGAUGGCCCGGGAGCAGAUUACCUACACGCAGAUGACCUCGUCCGAGUACCACAAUCUCGUGGUGUAUGGUGCAGAGCAUUUGAAGCAAUGCGUGACGUACCGCAACGCGUUUUGUGGCGGAGAGAAGUUUUUGUCCAGUCUGAUCCCUCUUUUCCGGGGAUUGAAGCUACCCGCACUGAGAGUGUGGAACCGAUACGGUCCGACCGAGAUCACUGUGUCGUCGAGUAUGCAGAUGAUUGUCGGGGUGGAUGGACCAAAUAGUAGCACAGAGUUGAUCCCGUGUGGUCGUCCGUUGACGAACUACUCCGUUUUUAUUCUUGAUGAACAGCGCCGACCGGUACCUGCAGGUGUACCGGGCGAGAUCUGUAUUGGUGGAGGAGGCGUGGCCCAAGGGUAUCUGAACAAUGCCCGGCUCACGGCUAGCAAAUUCGUCAAGAACAUCUAUGCUAGUGAGGAAGACGUACAGCGUGGCUGGGACAGGCUGUAUCGGACGGGCGAUCGAGGCUAUCUGCUGUCUGAUGGGUCACUAGCGUUUCUGGGUCGGAUGGAGGGAUCCGCGCAGGUGAAAAUCAGGGGACAGCGAGUGGAGCUGGAUGAGAUCGAGACGGCUAUUGUGGCCACGUCUGAGGGAACGGUUUUGUCAGCAGGGGUGUGCGUCAAGGGCGACAAUGCGAAUGCGGUGUUGGCAGCGUAUGUCGUCGUGCAUCCUGAUGUGCAAGUUGACUCACUUUCGUUCCUGGUAGCGAGUCUCGCUCGGUCGCUCCCUCUCCCCCGAUACAUGCGGCCUUCGUCAUUCAUGGCAGUAGGCAAGCUGCCUCACACCACGUCAGGGAAGCUAGAUCGUCAGGCUUUGUGCAACUUGUCCGGGACGCCGAUCGCGAUCGAAACGAACAGUCAACCUGCUCCGCUGGGAGUGGAGGAGGAGGUCAUGGCCAAGGCGUGGCGUGAGGUUCUACCUGGCGAGGCAUUCUUGUCAGCAGACUCCAAUUUCUUCGACGUUGGGGGGAACUCGCUGCUUCUGGUGCGGUUGCAGAAGGUGAUUGAGGAGUUGACAGGGAAGAGCGUGGCGUUGACGGAGUUGUUUUCGACUCCGGGGCUGUCGGCGAUGGCCCGUCUUCUGCAGGCUCAUGAAGCCACCAAGGAAACCACCGAGGUUGACUGGGCAAGCGAGACUCAGCUCACGCCUUCCUUGCUUGGGGCUAUUCAGACAUCUCCCCGGUGCAGCCCUGAUUCGAAAGUCGAGGUUAUUUUGACUGGCGCAACGGGUUUCCUCGGUCGGACCCUGCUGCACCAGCUCCUCACCCAUCCAAGGAUCGCACAUGUUCAUUGCCUGGCCAUCCGCAACAGCAGCGUAUCCCGGCAGUCCCUGACCCGCAAUGCCGACCACGCCGCUAAACUAACCCUGUACCCCGGCGACCUCUCCCAUCCCACUCUCUCCUUGGAUGACGGGGCCAUUGCCAGUCUCUCGAACAGAAUAGGGUUGAUAAUCCACAAUGGCGCCUCCGUGUCCUUCUUGAAAUCGUAUUCCACUCUGCGGGGGCCCAACUUCCACUCCACUCGCUUCCUGCUCCAGCUGUCAAUCGAACGGGGCAUCCCAUUCCACUUCGUCUCGACAGGCGGAGUGGUCAACCUCACCGGCCAACCAACUUGGCCCCCUGUUUCAGUCCGGAAUUACCCGCCUCCGGGGGAACAGGGGUACAUUGCGAGUAAAUGGGCCAGUGAGCGUCUCAUCGAGAACGCCGCUGAGGCUUUGCACCUGCGUGGGGUGCACUUCCCGGUGGUGGUGCAUCGGCCCGCGAGCAUCGUCGCCCGACAACCCGGUACGCCCGGUACGUCGGAGUAUGAACCCCCGGCCAUGGACAUCAUGCACAAUAUGGUGCAGUAUGCGCGGACGAUGCGGUGUUUCCCGGUAACGGAGGGGGUGAAUUGGCGGUUUGACUUUGUGGGGGUCGAUGCUGUUGCUUCGAGGAUACUUGCUUCCGCUUUGGGGGACGAGGAUGAGUAUGAGAGGGACGGGGUCAAGUAUGUGCAUCACUGUAAUGCGCGGAAGCUGUCUCCGCGAGAAUUGAAGGAGGAGUUGGAAGAGGAGGCUGGGUGUGUGUUCGAGGAGGUGGAGGUGGGAGAAUGGGUGCGACGAGCCAAAGAAUGUGGGAUGGACGGGCUGGUGGCGGCGACGCUGGUGGAUUUGAUGGAGCGGCAGAGGGGGGUGGUGUUUACGGAGAUGGGCCUAUAG